GUUGAGAUCUGCCGCCAGUUGGAGAAAACGUAUUACUGGGAAGAGCGUGAUGUCAUGGCGCGAAACAUUGACAGUCCGUGGAUCAUCACACUCGACUACGCAUUCCAAGACGCCAAGUUCCUGUACUUGAUUAUGGAAUUCGUGCCUGGAGGGUGA